AUGGUUGAAAUUACUUUUAUUCUUGAUUACUGGUGCCAGCGCGCAGGGCAUGCUUAUAUAAUAUCGACGGGGCCCCGUGUCUGUAUUGGGAGCCCGACUUCAGGCUUCUACCCAUUUGACUUCGGUCAGCUUCACGCACGACAAGCAUUCUUUUUUCCCUCUUACCACGUCGCGCAUCACGCCGUCAAACAUCACUCGACCACCCCCUACGACCGUCGCGACCAUUCGUAUUCCAUCCAGCGACGAUCCAGAGUGUCCCACCUUGCAUUCCUCUCGCCGACCUUCUUAAGAUUACCGGGCGCCGCGACGCUGCUUCCUACUCGAACAUCAAUUGCGACAGCAGGACCGCGACAAUGGCUUCCCAGGACCACGAGAGAACUCGAUCAUAUCCAUUCGCUCCUGAAAUUCUUGAACUACAACUUGGAGGAGGAUCAAAGCUAUAUGUUUACGAUUUCGAUCUUUUUCGAACAGGAGCUCAUAAGCCGUCCUUCCGGUCAUCGGAUUAGUAUAUAUAAUCACGCUCCAGAUAUGAAGCGACUCAUCAGUAAAGUAGUAUCAAAGAACUUUUGGGAGCCAGUAGUCCGCAAGAAGCACAGUGCUGUAGAACUGGGGGACGAAGACCAAAAGGAAGAUGUAGAUGAGAGCGCAAUGCUUAUUCUUGUGUCGGGAUCUGGGAAGCUUCGUGAUGAAAUCCGAAAGCACGCCCAACCAUACCUAGCGAGGGAUAUUGUACUAAAGGAACUUGAUUUUCUGCUCGAAUGA